AUGUCUUCCUCAGGAGUUAACGUGCUCCGCUACACGGCCCUUGGCCUGGGUAUUUUCUACGGCUUCACACACCAGCGAUCCAUCACGGCAAGCCAGAAGGCCGCCGCCGCCCAGAAGGAGUAUGAGCGCAAGGAGAAGUUGAUAGAGCAGGCUAAGGCCGAGUUCGCGAAGAAGAACUCGCCCGUCAAGGCGGCGGAUGCUGGAGUCAACCAAGACCCCAUGGACCCCAACUUCGACCUUGAGGCUUUCUUCAACAAUCUGGUGAAGCAGAACCCGUGA